CUUGGUUUCUCCUGCAGAUUUCCAUAACUCCAUGCUUUCUGCUGCAGGCUGGUCUUGAACCUGGGCCUCUGCUGAGAGGAUGGGGGCAGACGGGGAAACAGUGGUCUUGAAGAACAUGCUCAUUGGCGUCAACCUGAUCCUUCUGGGCUCCAUGCUCAAGCCCUCAGAGUGUCAGCUGGAGGUCACCACGGAAAGGGUCCAGAGACAGGCGGUGGAGGAGGAAGGAGGCACUACCAGCUACAAUACAUCUGGCAAAGAGCAGCCAGUGGUUUUCAACCAUGUGUACAACAUCAACGUGCCCCUGGACAGCCUCUGCUCCUCGGGGCUGGAGGCCUCAGCUGAGCAGGAGGUGAGCACUGAAGACGAGGUGCUGGCGGAGUACACGGGCCAGACCUCAGACCACGAGAGCCAGGUCACCUUCACCCACAGGAUCAACCUCCCUAAGAAGGCCUGCCCGUGUGCCAGCUCGGCCCAGGUGCUGCAGGAGCUGCUGAGCCGAAUCGAGAUGCUGGAGAGGGAGGUGUCGGUGCUCCGGGACCAGUGCAACAGCAACUGCUGCCAAGCCAGUGCAGCCACAGGACAACUGGACUAUAUACCCCACUGCAGUGGCCAUGGCAACUUCAGCUUCGAGUCCUGUGGCUGCAUCUGCAAUGAAGGCUGGUUUGGCAAGAACUGCUCGGAACCCUACUGCCCCCUGGGCUGCUCCAGUCGGGGCGUGUGUGUGGACGGCCAGUGCAUCUGUGACAGCGAGUACAGUGGGGACGACUGCUCGGAGCUCCGGUGCCCCACAGACUGCAGCUCCCGGGGGCUGUGCGUGGAUGGGGAGUGUGUCUGCGAAGAGGCCUACACAGGCGAGGACUGCAGUGAACUGAGAUGCCCCGGGGACUGCUCUGGGAAGGGGAGAUGUGCCAACGGUACCUGCCUAUGCCAGGAGGGCUACGCUGGUGAGGACUGCAGCCAGCGGCGGUGUCUGAAUGCCUGCAGUGGGCGAGGACAUUGCCAGGAGGGGCUCUGCUUCUGUGAGGAGGGCUACCAGGGCCCUGACUGCUCAGCAGUUGCCCCUCCAGAGGACUUGCGAGUGGCUGGUAUCAGCGACAGGUCCAUUGAGCUGGAAUGGGACGGGCCGAUGGCAGUGACGGAAUAUGUGAUCUCUUACCAGCCGACGGCCCUGGGGGGCCUCCAGCUCCAGCAGCGGGUGCCUGGAGAUUGGAGUGGUGUCACCAUCUCGGAGCUGGAGCCAGGUCUUACCUACAACAUCAGCGUCUACGCUGUCAUUAGCAACAUCCUCAGCCUUCCCAUCACUGCCAAGGUGGCCACUCAUCUCUCCACGCCUCAAGGGCUGCGAUUCAAGACCAUCACAGAGACCACCGUGGAGGUGCAGUGGGAGCCCUUCUCAUUCUCCUUUGAUGGGUGGGAGAUCAGCUUCAUUCCAAAGAACAAUGAAGGAGGGGUAAUUGCCCAGCUCCCCAGCGACGUGACAUCCUUCAACCAGACGGGACUAAAGCCUGGGGAGGAAUAUAUCGUCAAUGUGGUGGCUCUGAAAGAGCAAGCCCGGAGCCCCCCUACCUCGGCCAGCGUCUCCACUGUCAUCGAUGGGCCCACGCAGAUCCUGGUUCGAGAUGUCUCCGACACCGUGGCCUUCGUGGAGUGGACUCCGCCUCGAGCCAAAGUUGAUUUCAUUCUCUUGAGAUACGGCUUGGUGGGCGGGGAAGGCGGGAAGACCACGUUCCGGCUGCAGCCUCCCCUGAGCCAGUACUCGGUGCAGGCCCUGCGGCCCGGCUCCCAAUACCAGGUGUGGGUCAGUGCAGUCCGUGGGACCAAUGAGAGCGAGUCCACCACCACCCAGUUCACAACAGAGAUUGAUGCCCCUAAGAACCUGCGGGUUGGUUCCCGUACAGCAACCAGCCUUGACCUUGAGUGGGACAACAGUGAAGCAGAGGUUCAGGAGUACAAGGUUGUGUAUAGCACCCUGGCAGGCGAGCAGUACCAUGAACUGAUGGUCCCCAAGAGCAUCGGUCCAACCACCAGAGCCACGCUCACAGAUCUGGUGCCUGGCACUGAGUAUGGAGUUGGAAUAUCUGCCGUCAUGAGCUCACAGCAAAGUGUACCAGCCACCAUGAAUGCCAGGACAGAACUUGACAGCCCUCGAGACCUCAUGGUAACAGCCUCCUCAGAAACCUCCAUCUCCCUCAUCUGGACCAAGGCCAGUGGCCCCAUUGACCACUACAGAAUCACCUUUACCCCAUCCUCUGGGAUCGCCUCGGAAGUCACCGUGCCCAAGGACAGGACCUCAUAUACACUGACAGACCUAGAGCCCGGGGCAGAGUACAUCAUUUCAAUCACAGCGGAGAGGGGUCGGCAGCAGAGCUUGGAAUCCACUGUGGAUGCCUUCACAGGCUUCCGCCCCAUCUCCCAUUUGCACUUUUCUCACGUGACCUCCUCCAGUGUGAACAUCACCUGGAGCGACCCAUCCCCUCCUGCAGACAGGCUCAUUCUGAACUACAGUCCCCGGGAUGAAGAGGAAGAGAUGAUGGAGGUCUCCCUGGAUGCCACCAAGAGGCAUGCUGUCCUGACAGACCUGCAGCCAGCCACCGAGUACAUUGUGAACCUGGUGGCCGUCCAUGGCACAGUGACUUCUGAGCCAAUCGUGGGCUCCAUCACCACAGGAAUCGAUCCACCCAAAGACAUCACAAUUAGCAAUGUGACCAAGGACUCAGUUAUGGUCUCCUGGAGUCCUCCUGUUGCAUCUUUUGAUUACUAUCGAGUAUCGUAUCGGCCAACACAAGUGGGACGCCUGGACAGCUCAGUGGUGCCCAACACAGUGACGGAAUUCACCAUCACCAAGCUGUACCCAGCUACCGAAUAUGAAAUCAGCCUCAACAGCGUGCGGGGCAGGGAGGAGAGUGAGCGCAUCUGCACCCUCGUGCACACAGCCAUGGACAAUCCUGUGGAUCUGACCGCUACCAACAUCACUCCAACAGAAGCCCUGUUGCAUUGGAGGGCGCCAGUGGGCAUAGUGGAGAACUACGUUAUUGUUCUCACUCACUUUUCAGUUGCUGGAGAGACCAUCCUGGUUGAUGGAGACAGUGAGGAGUUCCAGCUCGUUGACCUGCUUCCUAGGACCCACUACACCGUCACUAUGUACGCUACCAGUGGGCCUCUCACCAGUGGUACUAUCAGCACCAACUUCUCUACUCUCCUGGACGCUCCUGCAAAUCUGACAGCCAGUGAAGUCACCAGACAAAGUGCCCUGAUCUCCUGGCAGCCUCCCAGAGCAGAGAUUGAGAACUACGUCUUGACCUACAAAUCCACCGAUGGAAGUCGCAAGGAGCUGAUUGUGGAUGCGGAGGACACGUGGAUACGACUGGAGGGCCUGUCGGAGAGUACAGACUACACAGUGCUCCUGCAGGCAGCCCAGGACACUGAGCGGAGUGGUGUCACCUCCACUGCCUUCAGCACAGGGGGCCGGGUCUUCCCUCAUCCUCAAGACUGUGCCCAGCAUUUGAUGAACGGAGACACUCUGAGUGGGGUUUACACCAUCUUCCUUAAUGGAGAGCUAAGCCAGAAGUUACAGGUGUAUUGCGACAUGACCACCGAUGGGGGUGGCUGGAUUGUAUUCCAGAGGCGGCAGAAUGGCCAAACCGAUUUUUUCCGGAAGUGGGCUGAGUACCGGGCUGGCUUUGGGAACCUGGAGGAUGAGUUUUGGUUGGGGCUGGACAACAUACACAGGAUCACGUCUCAGGGCCGCUACGAGCUGCGCGUGGACAUGCGGGAUGGCCAGGAGGCCGCCUUCGCCUACUACGACAAGUUCUCUGUGGAGGACAGCAGAAGCCUGUACAAACUCCGCAUAGGAGCCUACAACGGCACCGCAGGGGACUCUCUUAGCUAUCAUCAGGGCCGCCCCUUCUCCACAGAGGACAGAGACAAUGAUGUUGCAGUUACCAACUGUGCCAUGUCGUACAAGGGGGCCUGGUGGUAUAAGAACUGCCACCGGACCAACCUCAAUGGCAAAUACGGGGAGUCCAGGCACAGUCAGGGGAUCAACUGGUACCAUUGGAAAGGCCACGAGUUCUCCAUCCCUUUUGUGGAAAUGAAGACGCGCCCGUACAACCACCGUCCCGUGGUGGGGAGGAAGCGGCGGUCCCUGCGCUUCUAAGCAGUGGGCAGCUUCAAGCCAACUGACCUUUUCUGUCAUUUGUUUGUAUUUUAUAAUAUGAAACAAGGGGUGGGGGAAAUAGUAACAUGCUUUGCGACAUACUAAGAGUGUUGGAAGGAAGCAGGAUGUAGCAGGAAUCACUUGAGAAUCAGCAGCUCAUGGUUUCUGCUGCCCCACCGCCGGGCCUGACCCUCAGUCUCCAUGCUCCCUCCUCCCCAGUCAUCCUUAACCUUCCCCUCUUUUCACACCAAGGAGGGAAAGGGAGCCAUUUCCUUAAAAGACCAAUUCAAAGGAGAAUCCUGGAGUCAGAUUGCUAUGGUGACAGGCACGUGCCUUCUGUCCUGCCUCCUCCUGAUGUCCAUCAAUUCCAGGUAUUGUGCUCUGGUCACUGCCUUGGAUGGCCAAGUUCUCACACCAGCCUGCAGAAGAAGCCUUGGCCAGAAAGUCCCCUUAAAAGAAAAUGGAUUAACCUCACCCCAGCCCAGCAACUCAAGUCCUUUGUAAUGGGCCAAAGAUUCUCAUCUGGCACUCUUACUCUUGUCAGCCAAGUGUCCUAUGUCACCUUUCAAGAGUAGUGGGCUCUUUUCCAGCCAAUCCUUCCUGUGCCCACUUCCAUCCUACCCUUAGACCCCCACAGCCCCACAAUCCCAACCAUUGUUUUGGAUUUUGGUUCCCAAGGUGUUGCCUGCACCUGGCCCUGCGCUGCAGAGUGGCCGUGUACCUGUGGGUCUUAAGUCACUGGCCCCAGCCAGCACUGUAGGCAGAAACUUUCUCUGGAGAUGGGAGAAGGAGAGGUGUGGUCUGUAGCACAUUGGGGUCAGACACUGAGGAAAGACUAGAAGAAGGAGAAAUCAGGGCACCCACCGCUGAGAUUAUAGGUUCCUUGGGGAACACAGAUCUUACCUAGCUCUGUUUUCUCUAUUUCCAGUCCUGUUUGUCAUGAAUUUUUUUUCCCCUUGAAUUGAAAACUAAAGAGCUUUUCUGUCUUCAGCCAGGCUCUCCUUAGUGCGGGUGGCUUAAUAAGAGUUAGAAGAAGUUAUAUGACCAGCCGGCCAUUCCCCUGACAGAUAAUCCCUGGGAGGAGGUAGAAUUUUAGGGUCCUUAUUUCAGUUUUCUCCUCUUUUGGGGUCCUGUGAGAAACAGGAAUGACCUCCUUAAUGAGGUGAGCUCAGGAGAGGCCUUUCUCCAUCCUCUUUUAUUAUUCUGCCUUUGAGAGGAAAAAUGAAAAGCGCCAGAGGAAAUUACAUCUAGAAAUCCAAAGGUGAAGAGGGGAGGAGUGUGGGCCUGCCUCCCAUUUUAUGAGAUGUGCUCUCUUCGCUAGCAUGAUUUGAUUUUUAAACUCAAGAGAGAUGGAGGCUCAAAAAGCCAUGACCCUUUGACUCCUCCAAUCAAAUGUCAGCUGCAACCACCUCUACAGCGUCUGCCAAAAUCUAUGCCCAGUCUCCCCAGCUGCCUUUUCCCUUUCCUCUCUUUUUCCUUAAGGCCCCAGGUUGGUUUGCUAUAAAUGCCCACAUUUAGUCAAACUGGGACACCCUGGGCCUUUCCCAGCCAAUUACUGGAUGAGCCCAAGAUGUGCCAGUUUUCUAAUGGAAACAUCCACAGCCUAACCAAACUGUCAACCAGGAAAGGAUGGUCCAUCGGGCUGACAGCCACACUUCCGAUGUCACGAGAAUGGAGUCAGCUGCCAUGUGCACCCGCCCUUUAGUGGACUUUCAAGGCCUCAGUCACUGCCGUGCUGUGGAUGUAACUGCCAAACUGGUGCUGGAAAUUGAGGUGAUAUUUCCAUUUCUCAGUUCACCAUGGGCUUCAAAAAACCAGGGGAAGGAAAAAGAAACAGAAACAAUCCUUUCAAGAAACCUGAACUGAGUAAGGUUCGGCUAGAGAGUGGGACACCAGAGAACAGGAGGCACGCUGAAGGGGACCCCGGGGACUAAGAGUAGACCCACCUCUGCCAUUUUAUUGGCGCUAUUACAUCAGGAAGGUUCUUUCACCUCUCUGGGCCUCAGUCUCCUCACCUGUUGAAUGAAAUCUCACACUAGAACGGCUUCUCUUUCAGUUUUGACAGUCAGUAAGGUGAGUCUCUGAUCUGAAAAUCUCAGUGCAGAUCGGCACUGGUGAAGGAGCACAAUUAAGUAAUGAAAAUUCACAGAAGCCCUGCUGUAUGAAUGAAAAAGAGGCGGGGAAGGAAGGAAGGAGAGAAAGAAAGAAAUGCUAAUUCAGAACUCAUCAAUAAAACAUACACACUGCU